GAAAGAAAUUUCCUUGUUGUCAUAAUGCAGUCCCAGCAUAUUUUAAAACUCAACAAUUCGGCAAUCAACGACGGCAUCUGGCAUCACCUGGCCAUCAUAAUUGGUCGCACUCGUAAAAAAAUAUUUCUUAAUGGAAGUACUAUUUAUAGCGAACCUAUGGUCAAUCAUUCAUUACCUUUAUUACGUGGUGGUGGUGUUGUUGCUAUUGGUCAAAAACUUGAAUAUUUUUCAUCAUGCAAAGAAGCAAUGAAAUAUGGCAGUUCAAAAGAUGGUGUGUACUUGAUAAAGUCGGAUACUUUACUUGGCUACAGCAAAGUUUUCUGUAUGAAAAACAUAUUGGGUUGUUCUGGAGAAGGCUGGACGCUGGUGAUGAAAAUUGAUGGGAAAAAGGAAACAUUUGACUUUGAGUCAUCGUUUUGGAGAAAUAAAAAGAGUUACAAGAUUGAAAAUGGUAAAUCAGGAGUGGAUGAUUUGGAAACAAAACUUCCUACAUACUGGAGCACAAAAAUAAACAAGAUAUGUGUUGGAAUGAAAUUCAAAGGUGAAACAAAUUUUAUCAGCUUCAAUUUUCAGGCUAAAUCGUUGUACGAUAUAGUUGCUGAUGGAAAAUACCGCCAAACCAAUGUGAGCCGAGACAAAUGGAUGUCAUUGAUCAAAGAGAGUGUUCUUCAACGAAACUGCAAUAAAGAAGGUUUCAACGCAAAGGAUGAAGAGAAGUUGUUUCGUCGUUUAAGGAUUGGAAUUAUAGGAAAUAAUGAAAACAAUUGUAGGAAAAGCAACUCUUUCAUUGGUUUUGGCUGUACGUACAAGAAAUGGAAGCAAAACGCUCAAAUAAAUAGCUGUGGAAACGGUAGAUCCUUUCAAGGAUUGAAAAACAAACAAUCAAUGGGAUACAUUUUUGUUUCCUAAAUAUAGUAAUACUUAUGUAGACCACAUUUUUUUGUUUGUGCAAUCAGCUUUAGCAGUACAAAUAGUAAACUUACUUUCUUUAUUGUUAUUAGCUAUACCGACAAUUCAUCAACUUUUCUUUAGAGUAAUUUAUAUAAGACUUUUACAAACUAAAUUAGCAAGUCCAUUUUGAAAGGCUAGCAUUUGAUUUGUCUAUUGUAAGUGCGAAAUAAUUGUAUUCUUUAAGAUUUCCAAUUUUGAAACAGCACCAAAAACGUAUGUUAAUAAAUGGCACAUGUAAAAAUAACACAAAA